AUGGACAAGCCUCCACCCCAGUCCUUCUUCCCCGGGAACCACUGGCUCUACUUCUCUGUGUACCUGUUCACCUUCCUGCUGGGGCUCCCCCUCCACCUGAUGGCCCUGCUGAUCUUCGUGGCCAAGCUGCAGCGCCACCCCGUGGCCGUGGAUGUGCUCUUGCUCAACCUGACAAUCUCCGACCUGCUCCUGCUGCUCUUCCUGCCCUUCCGCAUGGUGGAGGCUGCCAGCGGCCUGCGCUGGCUCCUGCCCUUCCACCUCUGCCUGUUCUCCAGGUUGCUCUUCUUCACCACCAUCUACCUCACGUCCCUCUUCCUGGCCGCUGUGAGCAUCGAGCGCUUCUUGAGUGUGGCCUACCCUCUCUGGUAUAGGAAUCGGCCAAGGCCGGGCCAGGCGUGCCUGGUCAGUGGGGUCUGCUGGCUCCUGGCUGGCAGCCACUGCAGUGUGGUCUACGUGACCUCGCUGUCUGGCAACUCCUCCAGCAGCCCAAGUGCCAAUGAGACUUGCUUCCUGGAGUUCUGGAAGCACCAGCUAGACAUUAUCCUGCCGGUCCGGCUGGAGAUGGCAGUGGUUCUUUUUGGGGCGCCCCUGCUCAUCACCAUCUACUGCUACAGCCGCCUGGUGUGGAUCCUCAGCAGGGGAGCCAGCCUGCACCGGCGGAGGAGGGUGCUCGGGCUGGUGGCCGCCACGCUGCUCAACUUCCUGAUCUGUUUUGGACCCUACAAUGUGUCUCACGUCGUCGGCUACGUCCAGGGUCAGAGCCCCGAGUGGAGGGGUAACGCGUUGCUUCUCAGCACCCUCAACGCCUGCAUCGACCCCUUUGUCUUCUACUUCUCCUCAUCUGGAUUCCAGGCCCACUUUUGGGGGCUGCUGAGGAGGCUGUCUGGGGCCUGGGGCCUUUGCAGGCUGGAAGGGGGGAAUGCAGCUUAA